CUCCGACCCCUCGGCUCAACAGUAGCUGGGAUGACAACCGCACAUACGCCAGACGCAAUGGCUGAAAAAUUGCCGCGAAUGCGGAUUGCUUUCGCCUGUUUAGUCGAUGCAAGUCAUUUCUACACCGUCUGCUCUGUGUUCAGCUAUGCCGGUGUGCUCUGUGCCGACCUCAAGUAGGUCAGUGACCGAAAUUCAGCUGGCUUUCUGGCAGGAUGGCUGCAGUCUUCCAACGUCUUCGGGCGGUUGCUGAUGUCGUCGGUCUGGGGCUACAUCGCUGCGCGUUACGGUUUCGAUGUUGUGUUGACCAUCACCUUGGCAUCUCUCUUUGUAGGUGGGCUACUGUUCGGUUUUUGCACUUCGCUGGUGCUUGCCAUGCUGGUCCGUUCCAUUUUUUUUGGUCUGCUGAAUGGCUGGCCUGCAAUCUUUGGCCCAUAUUGUGCCAGCAUUGCCGGCGAGAAACACCAAACAGAAGUCAUUGGCAUAGUGAUUGCGGCAGGAAAUGGCAUGCAGCUUAUAGGUCCUGCGAUCUCAGGAUGGACCUAUGCAUUGAUUCCAGAUUUUCCAGCGCUUGUUCCAAGUCUACUUGGUUCAUGCCUAGCAUCUCUGGCCCUUUGCCUCUUUUGUUUGCUGCACUUUCGAGACAAGAAGGCCCCCAAGUCAGUGAAGAAUUUGCCGGAGGGAUCUGCCACAACAGCGACAAAGCAGUCCAUCACACAGAUGUUACGCAGAUGGCCUGUUCCAUUGAUCAUUUGCAUGCGAUUCAGCCAGGGUUUCGCCCUAUUUGCAAUCUUUGAAGUGGUUCCCCUGUGGCUGAUUUCUGAGCGAGCCGUUGGAGGAUUGAACAUGUCUGAGAAGCAAGUGGGUUUUUUACUCGCCCGCUCCGGCGUCUGGAGUAUCUUCUACUUCUCGUUGGUGUUGCCCAGAUUGACAAAAAAACUUGGUGGUCGAUGCACUUCCAUCAUUGUGAGUGUGUUUGGGAUCAUAUUUUCCAUCUUGUUGCCCUUCUGCACUACUGAGCUGACAGCCAACCUGGCGCAUAUGCUUGCAGCCUCCAGCAUCUUCUCACAAUUUGCAGUAAACGUUGCCUUCACAAACAAUGCUGCGGGCCCGACAGAUCGUGCCAUUGUCAGUGGUUUUGCUGUGACGGUGGACACGGUGGGCAAGGCAAUUGCCCCCAUUGCAACGUCUACUAUUUUUGCAUGGUCGAUCAAUACUUUCGGCCUGGCGGGUCAUGGACUCGUGUUCUACAUUCAGGCUGCGCUAUCACUAGUGAACCUCCUUUGCACCUUGCCGCUGCCGGCGUCGGUGGAAAACGAGCAUGGUCAUGGAGGUGGAAACGGGCAAGAUCAGCCCAGUGAAGGGACCAUCUACGGCGCAUCAGAGACCGAGACUUCAGAGGAGGGAUCGAGUGCUGAGAGUCCUAGAUGCUGAGCUCGCCCAGGCGCCAUGCGGCCAGAGCUUUGGAAGUGAGCCGAUUUUUGCGGAAAAAAAACAUCUUAAUUAGUUAAUUAAUAGAUGUGUUAUAUGAUGUUACAUGAUAUUGUAAUUUCUUGGGGAGAGAGUAUUCGGUUGGAGACUCUAGGUAUUAACAGUGUUAUCAUUGAGUGUACAUGGCUGGGUUUCAAUUAGUUAUAUUCCCCAAUUUUUGGAUUGGAUCAUAUUGGAUCCCUUUAUUUUUCCGAGGGUGGCCUUUUGCUUUUGCUGGCUCUGCACGGAGUGCGAGUCACAUCUUCUGGGCACUCCUUGAGCGCUCCUGGGCCCCCUUUCAUGACGGCUUGUCUUUGGAGAAAAGCUGAGAAAAGGGUACCUGGUGGUCUGACAUCACUUUUACAGUGGGGACUGAGAUGAGACGCGCACAUGUUCG